AUGAGUCGGUAUGAUGAGGAAGUUAGUUUUUCAUCUGGGAAGAGUGGUAACCGUGGCAAAGAUGUGUCAGUGGAGGGAAAGCUGUGUGACUGUGACAUCAUUGCCAACUGCAAGGUCGGAGACCCGGUACAGCUGGAGGUGAAGCUGACCAACAUGAGCAAACGCAGCGUGGGCCCCUUUGCUCUCACUGUGGUCCCAUACCAAGACUACCAAAAUGGCGUCCACAAUUAUGAUCUGCAAGAUGCCAUCACCUUUGUUGGGUCCAACACCUUUUAUAUCGAUACGGUGAAACCCACGGAGAACUCGGUGUGCAUUGGUGCCCUCCUUUUCCUCUACACAGGCGAUUUCUACUUGAACAUCAAAUUCCACGAAGACGGCUCCAGCAGGGAACUCCCUCUCUCGUGGUUCUGCCUGCCCAGCAUUCACAUCCGCGCUGUGGAUCCGGUCCUCUAGAGCAAGCUGUGAAUGUGCCGCACCGUAUCGCGUUAGCCUCUAUGCCUACCAGAGCAUGGCACGUCCUCUCCUUGCCCCCCCUCCCCCCUGAGUAUGUUACUUUCCAGACUGGAAUUUUUGUUGUUUUCAUAGAGGUGCAUCCGAGAGAUAGCCACAGUCGGCUGACGAUAAUUUGAGACAGCUGCGUUUGUGUAUUUGAAAAGACGUGAUUGGGUAUACCGAGGAAAUGGAUUUUUCUCAUUUUCCAAUUAGCAUAUCGGAGGACAUUCUUCUUCACGACAAUGGUUAUUGUAUAGUUGCGGGAAUAAAAUUCUGCUGUUUUGGUGUUAGUUUCUAGGAUGUGUAGCUUUAGUGCUAGUUAGGAGAUCAGCAUUUGUCCAGCUAAGGGUUAUUCGUUGCUGUCUCACAGUUUGUACUAGAGUCCUGAUGGGCACAGUUUCCCAAGUUACUUUCCACUCCAAAGCCCCUAAGAAUAUUGUAGCAUCUUUGUGUAGGAAAUAGAGGCUCGGGAUAUGGCAUGGAUCUCCCCCAGUGGCCACUCGCAGGCUUGGGAUCAGUUCCGGGGUCCACACUGGGGUCUUGUGUUCAAUAUGUGUCAAUUUGGUUUUUUGUUUGUUUUUUGAUGCCCCAGGUGUAGUGUUCCUGUGGCAAAAUAGUAAUUUGAGAGAUCCACCAUGAUGUCGGGAUCCAGUUUACUGCACUAUCAGGACACGAGAUCUUGGACUGUCCUAAACUGCCGUACAACAAAGAGAUCUGAGCCACUAAUAGAACAACUCAGACUACUUGGUCCAUUCACGUUCAGUCCAAUCCUGUACAAAUAAGUUACCACAGAUUGAAAAUAAGUCCCUGUAUGGUUGAGUGAACUGAUACACUUCCCAGAACUCAUCAGAACUGGUUUUUUAACUCAGUUUAAGGCAAGAAAAAUGGAAUUAUUACCUUGUUGAUGUAACUUUCUAGGGAGACAUUUCCACCCAGUGGGUGUCUUGCACAUGUAUAUUCUUCAUCGUGCUUUUCCCCUUUCCCCUGCCAUAUUUAUUGAAACACCGGCUCUUCCUGGCUAUGCAGUCCAUCUAUAAAUAGAUGGUUAGGUAGGAUAGAGAGUUCCUGAAUUUGGAUAAACAUCUUGCAUUCCAGUAAAUGCAGACCAGUUCUUUUCACUGGUUAAUAUUUCUGUGUGAUACGAACCUAUGAAGCCCAGGAGAGAAAUUCUGAUCCUCAGAGAAGAAAGGUCAAUAAGAUAUUAAGGAAACAAGGUUGACUGGAGGAAUGUAACUUGUACCUGUAACUUUCCAUUGUCAUCUGGACAUUUUUCAAAGCCUGCCUGGGGCCAUCGGUUGCCACGUAAUCUGCAUAAUGGGUCGGCUCAGCAUGCAGAACACAGAAUUCUCUGACAUCCAACCACUAAUUAGAAUGCCUUUGCUUAGAAGGAAGAGCUUAAGCAUGGUGUAUUCUUUGUCAUCUGAGUUACAUGUCCUUUAAUCGAUGUACUAAGCAGGGGCAAAACUUUUUUUUAAACUAGUCAUCAGUACUUUGUGGCCGAAUUGUCUUCAAGAUCUUUUGUUUCAGAGGGCAACAUGUAAAGAAUCCAUAAAGGCCGAUGUGUCCCACAGCAUCCACAGAAAAUGUCGAGUUUAUUUCAUGUUCUGAGAUUUACCUUGGGGAGCGGGGGUCACCUUUCUUCCAAACUUCUCCACAAUAUCCACAACACAUUGCUUGUCAGGUGUCAGAGGUCAAAUGUCCACUGAUUUCAGUCUGUACGCACUUGGGCCCGAAUUGAAGACUCCGCUAUAUGCCAGCUUUAGAAGCUGCACUCAGUGGAGCAUUGUCUUUCUCCAAAUGCACAUAUUCACUUCUUCUCGGGCUGCUCUUUUCACUGUCAUGUUUCUUCUGCAUUGGCCAACCGGAGGUCCUGGGACAGGUGCCUUCGAUCGUGCCUGUGUGGUCAUAUCACCUAUACAUAAAGUUGUAGAUUCACACCUUUUUCUCCACCUCCCAGCCCUCUGAAACAAAGCUCUCCACUCAUAAGAACAAUCAUCUGCUGCUCUCCAGAAAGGAUCCUGGUCCAUGGAAAAUGCCAUUCCUAAAUGCAACCAUAGGGUUAUGAAAUUUGUAUAUUGACCCAUUUCUGUCUACAUUUCUCUUGGAUUUCCUGGGUUCAGACGCACCCAAAAUCCAUGCACACAAACUUGCAUGGGGUGAAAAACUGCAGAGCUAUAGAAUACCAAUUUAUUUGUU